AAAAAGGCAAACCAAUGGGAGCGUUGGCGUACCGUCACCAUACCGGAGCUCAUCACUCCAUACAUGAACUACUUGGCGCGUGCCCGCAGCCAGACAUCUGGGCAAGUUGCCGCAUCGUGUACGUGUGGUGGCCCAAACUUGAAGACGUUAAAGACCCUCAUUGUCUACAUUGAUCAAACUCAGGUGCAUGUAUGUGGUUGCACCUCGGCGGCGAAUUUCCUAGUGUCUCGUGGGUUUUUCCCGUGCGCACCUCAAGAGCCUUCGGUCGCGUUCGACAUCAACAUGAUGGAGCUUGUCGCGACACUGUUUCUGAAAGUGGCGCCAAAUGUGACAGCUUGGGCGUCUACGUUAGAGACCUUCCUCGGGGCAAGACACUUCAAAAUGCGCACAAGGUAUUCUGUGCGACGACGAUUAGGAAAUGCCUUAAAUUGGUACACGCACCUGAUCAACUGCGUCAAAUCUCAAGUAGAUGCGAUCAUAGACACUGCGCGAUUAACAAACACAUCGUCGUCGUCCUCUGCCCGUCCGGACGCACCACCGCAAGAUCGCUCCGGCAACGCGCCACCUUCAACAUCAGAAGACCCAAAAACCUCAUACCCCACCUCUGGAGGAAAGCCGAGCUCGUAUCUACGAUUGCGAUGCCCGUUGUGUUUUGGGGGCCCGGCCACAGGCAGCGAGAGAGAAUCCAAGGAAUACGACGUGAUUGUAUGCGUCGAUGCUUGUUUUAGCCAGAAACGCCGUGCUGGCCCGCGUGAUCCAACUAAAAGCCACCCCGACACCAUGUUCAUGUCCGAGGCCGAGGUUAAAGCUAUGGAGGAAUAUGUGUCAGAGCGCCGAAGCCAAACUGAUUCACCGCAGAACAAAAGUGGGACUCAAGGGAAGAAAAGAGCAGCCCCCAACGCACGCCCUGACGACAACGCAAUGGUAGAGCCUGAUAAAUGUGAGGGUCCUCUUCAGGUGCCGAACUCGGUCCUCGACGGUUGUGAAGCGUCCUUCAAAGCUGCCGACGAACAACGCGAGAAGGCAAGCACCACCUUCUUCGACGACACCGGACUCGUAGCUCUCAUCUGCCGACACGAUUGCGUACUCUGGAUGAUCAAUAUGACCAGUGCCGGAGAACGCCAGCACUACGCGCUUGCUCUGAUCGACAAGCUCUUCCAACACAUACCGACUACAUGGCAUGCCGGCGUAUUGUACGAUAUAGGUUGUCAAAUUCACCGGAGCGUCUACAAAUGGGACUUCUUAUGCAACAUCCGUGAUCGUAUUACUUUUGCAAUAUCCGUAUUCCAUGCUUACGGGCACCAAUGGGUGUGUCAGCUCUGUUAUCAUCCACGGAAAUGCGAUGGCUUUGGGUUCAGCGAUGGUGAAGGUGCUGAACGGUUUUGGAGCGCCCUCGAUCAUCUCAUCAGAAUUUUAAGAGGAAGCGGUUAUUUCCAACGACUCUACCUCCUAGAUUGCCAAGCUCACCAUAUUAUACUCAAACACUUGUUAAAUCUUGCAGUGUGGCUAGCAAGGAGGCACGAUACAUGCCGGAUACGAUUAAUUGAAGCCGAAAAAGAUUUACGGGAGUGCGGUGUUGAUGAAGACUCACUUCGCGCGGAAUGGAUCAAUCAGCGGGACGCCCAGACAAAGCCUAUGCCAAGGCAAUCGAAGAAUGCUGGCGCGAAGUACGUCGAGGCUAUCAUGGCACUCGAAGAACGUAUUCGAAACCUUGACAUUGCCAUCACCGCCGCCGACGCCAACCCCAUGGACGGGGAUGCGUUCCAGUCUUUGGAUUGCCAGACUGUACUGGAAGACGACCGAACGAACGCACGGAGGAGGCUUGCUAAACUCGAGGGCUUCCUGGAUGAACCGUCUCGCCAGAACCUUGACGCAUUGCGGAAGGACAAGUUCCUUGGCCGUAAAGCAAACGCACUCGCUCUUAAAACACGGCUUCGGAACCGGCUGCAGCAACGCAAAUUUGAAUUUGGCCGGAUCGAGCAGUUGCGCCAUGGACAUUCGUCGGAGCGUAAGCUACAAGGCCAUGUCGCGAAUGCUAUUGCAAAGCGCGAGUCUUCCAUCACGACCGUCGUACGAAAAUACAACGCGCUGUGUAGCGAGAUGACUGCCAUGAUCCGGAAGGGCGAGGCCCCCCGGGGAGCGGUGGCUCCUACGCCUAUCGAUGUGUCCACUGUUUGGACUCUCGACGUGGACGAUCCGAUCUGGCAAGAUACUGGGCUCUUGGACGACGAGAAAUGUGACUCUUCUGCGCCUCGUUGGCUUGCCGACAACUCGGUUCGAAAAGGGAUACGCGCAAUGCUCGAGCGCGAUCGCUGCCAAGAAGAGAUGGCACGCAUCUACAAGGAGCGUGCAACAAUGCAAUUCUGGAUCAGGGAGGAAUGGGCUGCGGUGGAAAAAGCACGCGAGGCCGUAGGUAAACUUGAGAGCCCGGGUAUGGUUUAUCAGAUUCAGAUUCGUCGGGAAAGGCUCUUGCAUCUUGCUGUUGUCUGGCGUCGCCGAGCGGGUCAUAUCCCGCCGGCACAACCUCAGCCCGACUCCUGGGGCCCUACUAACGACGAAUUAAUUGCUGCCAUGCAGUAUGAGUAUAUGGAAUCCACUGCGGACCAGCCGCUACUGCCGGGGCAGUUGGGACAUACAAGCUCUAUAGAUGAAUCGGACGACGAAGAC